AUCGAAUCCAAAAAAAAAAAAAAACCAAAAGUAAAAGAACUCUCUCUCGCUAAAAUUUUCACAUCUUCGAUUUGGUAAUGUGACUGAACCCAAUCUCCGUCUCAGAGUUUCAGAGAUGGAUUUUCAUAGCAUGAAACGGAAAGAACUUCAAUCACUAUGCAAGAAGCACAAUAUUCCUGCAAAUUUAACCAAUUUAGAGAUGGCUAACGAUCUUACUUCUCUUCUUCAGGGAAAAGAAAAACCUAUAAGGCGAGGACGGUCUUGCUUGAAGAAAGUGGGUGAUUUAGCAAGUGAAAAUGAUUCUGAUGCUGUAGCUAGGCAAUUGAAGAAGGUUAGGUUUAGUCCCGAGAAUGAGAUGUUUGAGUUUGUUGAAUUGGAGGCUGAGCCCGCAGAGAUGAAGAGGGGGGCAAGGAGGAAGUCGAUAAUGAGGCCCGAGUUGAAGAAGCAGAGCUUUGUUAUUGAAAACAAGGAAAUUGUGGAGAACCCAAUUAGAACAACUAGGUCUAGGACACAAAAGUUCUCAAAUGGAGGUGCAAUUGAAGUUGUGUUGCCCAUAGUUGAGGCGAAGAGAACGAAAAGGGUCGUGAAAUCUGAUAGUUUGGAGGUGAAAGAGAGUGUUAGUGGUGAUAACCUGCCUCCAGUUGUCGACUUGUCUGAUAAAUUAGAAGAAAACAGAGUGGCAUCAAGAAAAUCUUUGAGGAAUAGAGAGGUGCAGAGCAAGAAGAGUAAAGAAAUUGACAAAGAUGUCAAGCCCUAUGGGGAAACUGUGGAGAACCCGGUCAGAACAACUAGAUCUAGGGCACAAAAGUUGCCGGAUGGAGGUGUAAUUGAAGUUGUGUUGCCUAUAGUUGAGACGAAGAGAACGAAAAGGGCUGUGAAAUCUGGUUGUAUGGAGGAGAAAGAUGGUGUUAGUGGUGAUAAACCGCCUGCAGUUGUGGACUCAUCUGAUAAUUUAGCUUCUGACAGUACUGCUGUGGAAGAAAACAGAGUGCCAACAAGUAGGUCUUUGAGGAAUAGAGAGGUAGUGAGCAAGAAGAGUAAAGGAGUUGAUGAAGUUGUUGCAAUUUCGAGGAAGAAUCAAACACAAAGAAACUCAAAGAAGAGGAAUGUGAAAACCACUGAUGAAAUUUCUGAGAACAAUGCCCUAGCAGCUGAUGGGGGAAUUACUCAACCCGAGAAGGCCUUAAGGUGGUCAAAGAGAAAUGUGGAAAAGGCUGAAGAUUAUGCACUGCUUAAUCAGGAUUUGGGUAAAAAUGAAAUGGUUGGAAGGAGAAGGAAUACUCGGUGCAGGACUCAGUUGGCAGAGAAUGCGUCUACAGCAGAGAGUGGUACAAGAACUGAAACUGAAGUUGAGGUUCAUGGAAAACUUGAAGUGGUUCUACAACUUGAAGAACCUUCAAGGCGUCCAGUUAGAAAUGGCAACAGGAGGCAGUCUGUCAUGCCUCAAGUUGAGAAAGCAGAAACUGAUGGAGCUAAGCUAGAAAAUAAGAACAGAAAACUAUUAAGGCCUUCAGUCAUGGAAGGUGGUUCAAGUAGUAAAAAUCUGGAAGAAAAUGAUGGGAGGCCAAGGAGGAGUUCUAGACAUGAAAUAGUUGCAAUUUCUGAUGAAAUGGAUAGAACUGCUAAUAACAACGGAAAGAUCAAGCCACGAAAGAGCAGAAGAGACCCAAUUCUAGAAGAAGAGAGUGUUGUGAAUGAGAGUGCUUUUGUUGAAGAACCCCCUAGAUGGUCUGCAUGUAAUGCAGCUAAAACUGACACGGUUGCAUUAACAGUUGGAACUGAUAAAACUGUUGGGAGAAAGAAGCAGCUAAGUAGAUCAAAGCUACCUAAUUUAGAAUUGGAAUCAUUAGCUAAGGGCACUUCUGCUGUCAAAGAACCACCAAUUUUAGAUGCACAACUUUCCAUGCCUGGUAUCGCAGAAAGUGCAAUUGAUCCAGUUUUGAAUGAUAAUACUGGAAAGAAGAGGAAAAAAUUCAGUGGGACAUCUCUAGCAAAGGAGGUUUCUGCUGAAACUUCUGAUUUUGAAGAAGCUACAGCACUCAAAAUGGUGAAUUCAGUGGAGAUUCCAGCUUCUGAGCCUGGGAAAUUGCAGAAUGAUCAUGGGGAAAAUGAAGUUUUGUUUUCUGUCAGUGGUUCUGAAGUUGUAGAAAAGGUUUACAAUGCAGUGGGAGUUGAUAAAGAGAAGCCCCUUCAAGAUAAUAUUAGUACAGUCAAUGAACAUGAUUCGGCAUCUCACAGCUGCAAAAGAAGUAGAGAUUUUGAUACGAAUGAUUUGGUUGAGCCCAAGACUGCAGAAGGUUUUAAUGUAUUUACCGAUGUGGGUUUCCCUCAAGCCACAUUUGGAGAUGACUGGAUACAUUGUGUUGCCAAACCUGCUGAUAACUUGGAUCUGGGGAAGGAAAUGGAGAGAGAUGAAAAGCCUGGAACAGGAAAAUACAUAGACUCAUGUUGUGUUGUGGACCAACAUGGAGUUGAUGAUGACAAAGCUUAUGCUCCUAAAGAGCAGAAGUCGGUAGAAUUUGAAAAUGUUAACAGUUUUGGUGAAUCAAUUAAGACUGACUUGGAUGCUGAGGGGCUUUUAGAUGAAUCUAUUGAAAGUAGAGUUUCAAAGGAAAACUCUGAAACUGUCUGUGAGGAAGCUGGCGAAAGUGUUGUUGAUCAUUCUGAUAGCGAAAGAGUCAUCUAUAGUAAUGAAAAAGACAGAGAAAUAGAUGAAGAUGAGAAAUCUGCAGUGGAUGCUGAGGGACAGGAAUAUGCCAAUUGUUGUCCAAGGAUGCUAAACAUAGAAGCAGAAAGCUUGUUAACCAAGCACAUUUCAGCAUUCAAAGGUCCACCAGUUACAGAUUCAGUAAUGACAGAGCCAGAAGUUUCUCAAGGUGCCAGCAACCCAGCUUCGAGCAGCAGCAAGAAAGUUUCUGAAUAUACUAAUAUAGAACGAAAGGGGUCCAGUGAGGAUUCUAGUUUGAAGAUGCAACACCAUUCAAUGGGGCUUCACACCAAAAGUCCAUACUUAAAUGAGAUCAGAGGUCUCAUAAUGGAAAAUUUAGAAGGGACCCCAGCUUCCAAUUCUUUGAAGUUGCAGAGUGAUUCUGCAGAGCCAGAAAGAGAAAUCCCUGACGGUGAAUCCUUAGCUGCUACGGAGAAGGAAAACAUUGUACUGGUGGCUGGCAAUAGAAACUUCACAGAAUUUCAAGAGGUUUGCGGGUUUGCUGAGCCAAGUACAUACGAGAGAGUUUGUGAGGGACAUUCAACUGAACCUGAUGAAAGUGAAGGCGCCGGGGAGGAUUGUGAAAAUGACUCCAAGAAAGCUGCGGAUAUUAGUGUGCUUGAUGAUCCUUCUCAUGGAGAAAGAAUCACUCCAAACAUGGUAGAGAAAAACAAUAACAAAGCUGAAUCUUCUGUGGAGAGUGGUAAAUUGCACGAAAAGGUUUUAGUUUCCAAUGUGGUAACUGCUGAAGUAGUUUCAGAAAAGGCUACCAACUUCCAACUCACAAGUGGCUACUGCUCUAUGGGGACACAGCUCACACCUCUUGUUGCCUCAGAGUAUCAAGGAAAUACAAAUCAUGUCGAACUGAAAGAGAAUUCAAAUUACGACACUGAAUUCCAUUAUGGCAUACUGAGCGCUGCUGAUACUUUUGCAAGCACUGCAGGUGAUAAAAUUUGCUGUCAAGAGAGAAUUGAUGAAGCAUUGCCAGAAAUGAAAAAUAAGUCCGAAGGGAUAUUAUCUGUGGAAAGAGCGUUGCAUCGUGUUGAUGAAGAGACUGAUCAUGCGAGCUUAGAGGGAAAUUCAUUACGGAAAUGCAGUUUCCUUCCUAUCUUAAGUGAGUUAAAUGGUCAACUUACUGAGAAGAAAGAAAAUACAGGCUCAGAGACAAAUUCUCUUCAUAAUUCUGAGGAAAUUGAGGAGAAAAUCACACGUAAAUUUACUGAUGGAAAAAUGAGUCUGAUCAUCUCAGUGGAGAGGGAUACUGAUCCAACUGAAGAUACACAUGCACCUAUCAACACUCCCAAAUCAUCUCUUGUUGUUAACAAUGAAAUAAUGUCUUCCUCUGAGCAUACUUCCUUGAAGGAUGUCAAUGAAAGUGGACAAGAAGAUGGACUCAAAGCUCUGUUUGCUACACCAGACAAUAAUACAUUUUCUAAUGAAGAAGAAGCUUUUGAUCAUGAACUGUGUCAAACUCCUUCAAAAUCAAAUUUAGUGAUGGAAGACAAAUCAUCUGAAUUCACUGAAUCAACUGUUAAUGGAGGGGCUGCUGCUGAAGAUGCUCAGACGGAUGUUAAUAGCCUUUUGGCUAAAUCAAAUGGAAGAAGAGGUUCAAAGGAAAACUCUAAAAAUGUCUGCGAGGAAGCUGGAGAUACACUUGCACCUAUUAUUACUCCUAAAUCAUCUCUUGUUGUCAACAAUGAAAUAAUGUCCUCCUCUGAGCACACACCCUUGAAGGAUGACAAUGAAAAUAGACAAGAAGAUGAACUCAAAAUUCUGUUUGCCACACCAGCCAACAAUACAAAUCCUAAUAAAGAAGAAGCUUGUAGUCGUGAAAUUGAAUUUGAUGAAGUAAGAAUGCAGGAGGGUUCAACUAUUAGCAAUGUGAAGAAUGAAAGGAAUAAUUCUGGGGAGCCUCAAGAAGUUGUUGGACUGACAGAAAAUGAAGAUGAAAAAAUGGCAUGCAAGGAAAAUGCAUUGCCAACGUUCAGUGAAGAGGUUACUGAUGAAGGAUCUGAUGGAAAUGAAGAAGUUGAAGUGGCUCAAGAGCUGAACAGAAGUGCUUCUACUGCGUUAGAUAAUCUUGCAAACAGAAAAGGAGAUGAGGAUCGAGUGGAGAUCUUAAAAAAAUUUGAAGGGGCUGUGCUGACUAAAGAUACACCUGCACUAAUUAAUACUCCCAAAUCAUCUCUUGUUGUCAACAAUGAAUUAAUUUCUUCUUCUGAGUGCACCCCCUUGAAGUAUGACAAUGAAAGUAUACAAGAAGAUGAACUCAAAACUAUGUUUGCUACACCAGCCAAUAGUACAAAUCCUAAUGAUGAAGAAGCUUCUAGUCAUGACACUGAAAUGGAUGAUGUAAGAAUGCAGGAAAGUUCAUCUUUUAGCAAUGUGAAUGACAUGACAAAUUUUGGGGAGCCUCAGGAAGUUGAAUUGACAGAAAAUGAAGAUGAAAAAUUGUUGUCAACUGCCAGUGAAGAGGUUACUGACAAAGGAUCUGAUAGAAAUGAAGAUGUUGAAAUGGUUCAAGAGCUGGACAAAAGUGCUUCUACAGCUUCAGAUAAGCUUGCAGAUAGAAAAGGAGAUGAGGAUCUAGUGGACAUCUCAAAUAAAUUUGAGGGCGUUGUGCCACAAGUUGAUGGAAUGAAGUUCAAUAAUCUCACUGGUGACAAAAUAGAGAUGGUUCAGGAUCUGGACAAAGGUGCCUUCCUUACUUCACAUGAAUUUGGCUCUGCGGGCCACGAACAUGGUGAAGACUUAAAGGAAAGAUCAAGUGAUGUUGCUGGGAGUAAGGUGCAAGUUGAGGGAAUGAAGCUUGACGAUUUUGACAGUAAUAAAGAUUUCGAAAUAAUGGGAGGGAAUUUGAAUAUCAGAGACAAAGAUACUGAUGACAAGGAAGUUUCUCCAGGAUACUCUAAUCAUUACUCAGAACAUGAGAAAGUUUGCUUGCCAUUAAAUGUUUCAGAUUUUGAUGUUGAAUGUCGUAUGAUUUAUUGUUUUACAGGCAAUGCUCCUACUUCGCUGGACAAGUCUUUCCCGGACAAUACAGAUAUAACAAAAGAGACAAUUGUGGAUGACAUGGUAGAUAAUGUUUCAAGUGAUGCUACAGAUGGUUCCAACGCUGAAGAAAAUGUAAAAAGUUCUCAAAUACUUUCGAAAGAGCAAUUACUUGGCAAUGAAGAUGCAGUGGAGGAAGAUGCCUUCAAGGGUGACAUUAGUUGUUUGGCAUCAAAUGAAACUAACAUCAUACCUGAGGAGGCUGAUGCAAUGCAUUGGUCCUUCAGUAAUAAUUUCAAUGACAUGGUCCAUUGUGCUGUUGAGUCGAAUGAAUAUGCAGAACAGAAAAACAUCAGCCUGGCUUCUGCAUCAACACCUGAAGUGAAUGAUGAUUGUGCUGCUGUUUCACCAUAUGGUCUUGCUUCUUUUCAUGGAACAAUGGGCUAUGGAGCCUCAGAAUCCAACAUGUUCAGCAGUUGGGAAAUCAAUAUGUUUUUAGGAGAUGAAGGUAUGAAAUCAACUGCAGGGAUCUCAGAAACUCAUUUUACAUGUGAGGAUACAGUCGUAGCCAGUGUGAAGAAAGAAAAUGCAGAGCAACUUGGCAAGCACAGUAAUCUCAUGGAGGAAAGAGUAGUGGAAAUAAAUGGCAGUUGUUUUGUUUCAGAUGAGUCCAAUUAUUGCAGAUAUUCUGAGAAUAAGUCUGUUGAGGUUGAAAAAUCUAGUGAUUCUAUGCAUGGUGUGAUUUUGACAGACGUUUACAAUAAGAAAGGCAGUGAAUAUGCUGCCACAGUUGAUCUGACAGUAGGAGGUGAAUUCAAGUGUCCAAGAGAAGAAAAUAUUGACAACACAGUAGUGGAAGAAGCCAAGUCAUUGGUUGAGGGGCAUAAAUGCAAAGAAACGGUUGGAGAAGAAACAGAGCUGUGUGAAGCUGUUACAAAAUCAAAUUCAACAAUAGGUCAAUCAUUCAAAUCGACUGUUUCAGCUGUCGAUGGAGAAACUUCUGCUGAAGAUGCCCAGUUGUGGCAACCAAACUCGGAAAUUGUUGUAGUGAAAAAUCCACUUGCAAAAGCAGAGGAAGGCGAUUUUGCUGUUAAGCAUUUGAAUUCCACAAUGAUGAAAAUGAAGAAUGACAGAAAUAAAUUGAUUCAAGAAACACCCAAGAAGCGAAUAACAGCAAUUGACAUGAAGGAGAAUGAAACUGCCAUCAAGGGAGAUCAUGUAGGCAGUAUAUCAGUGAGAUCAACGGCAAAGAGACGUGCCCUGGAGGAUCUUCGAAACAAGUAGAGAACUGGGUUCUGCUCGUUAAUCAGUUGUUUUGAAGAAUCAACGAGUGAAACUCACAGGAAAGUACCACUGUAGUAACUGUGUAAGCAUAUCUCAUGCAAAAGUUCUUUCAAUUUGGUUGUUUUGAUAAUUUAUUGUGAUUUCAGACUACUCAUUAGUUGUAACGAAGUGAUUGUGGUGUUUUGAUGAUUUAAUUUAUGUAUUGACAAUUUCACUGCUAUAUAGAGCUUGAUUGUUUGUGCAUUAUUUUAAA